CAACCAUAUAUGGAUAGAACCCCCGGUUAGCUAUUGAUCGACGUCACUCUGGAUAUAAACACGCAGUUCGGUGAGAAAAACUAGAAAACACGGAUUGACAAAGCGUGUGAGCACCAGGCCUACAGCGACAUGUCGAUAAUAAACAGCUCAGUGCGACCGCAGUUCAGACAGUGGCUCCUAGAGCAAGUGCAGUCCAGACGUUACGAUGGACUUUACAUGAUCGACAGAGACACAUUCCGCAUCCCCUGGAAGCACAACUCGAGGAGAGACCUCGGAGACGAGGAUAACAGAAUAUUCCGAGAAUGGGCUGUGGUUAGUGGUAAGAUCCAUGAGUAUCCCAAUGACAAGGCAAAGUGGAAGACCAACUUCCGCUGUGCCCUCAACGGCCUCACGCAGUUCAAGAUGAUCCAAGACAACUCCAAGGAGGAGAAUCCCCAUAAAAUCUACCGCAUCAUACAUCCUGAAAACCAUCAGCAGAGCUCGAGUAUUCACAUUGAAGCCCUGUAUAGCUCCACGAACAAUCAAUGUGAAGAAAUGGAGUAUGAUUUGCCAAACCACAUGCACACCUUGCAUCUAAAUCAGCAGCCUACAGAAAUACUAGAUUGGUCAGAAUACCAACAACCUACUCAAAACCUAGCAGAUCACACCAACUACUGUGGCCCCCAAAUGCCAUUUGUGCAGCAGCACUGCCUUCCGAAUAACAUGACUGUUUCAGCACCAACUGCGGUACCGCUAGCCUACAAUAUAGUGUAUCCUUUCAACCUGCCUUCUAUCAAUGAGCUGGAGAUCUCCAUUCACUACAGGAAAAUGGAGAUGAUGAAGAUGCAUUGUGUAGGUCCACACAUUCAGCUCCACUCUCAGUGUGAUCAGUCAGAGCUGAGGGGCACGUCCGUGCCCUUCCCCAGCACCGAGCAGCUCACUGACCACAAACAGGUCCAGUACACCAAGCGCCUCCUGGACAACAUUAAGAGGGGUCUGCUCCUGGAGGUCUGCUCCUCAGGCAUCUACGGCUACCGCCAGGACAAAUGCAACGUGUUCCUUAGCACCUGCGAUCCUGCUGAGAUCCAGAACCCAGAGCCCAGAAAGCUGCUCCAGAACCAGAGUGAACUGCUGUUCAGCUUCGAAAAGUACAAAAAAGAUCUCAUGGACUUCAAAGAGAACAGACGUGGAUCUCCUGAGUACACCAUCUAUUUGUGCUUCGGGGAGAAGUUCCCAGAUGGAAAGCCACUGGACAGAAAGCUGAUUGUCGUGAAGGUAGUGCCUCUGAUUUGUCGUGAGUUGCAUAAGGCAGCACAGCUGGAUGGAGCGUCGUCUCUACAAAAUGACAACAUCAGCCUGCAGUUCUCCCACAACAGCCUGUUUGAACUGAUUGAAGCAACUUUCUCACCACCUCUAGCUGUAUAAAGUGUUUUGCCUUCGACACUGUAUGCUGCUCUCUGCAGUAAUAUGAUAAGCAUGGUUUUAACCACAAUACUGGCUUCACUCAUUCUCUCAGUCAUGCAGCACUUCUUGGCCACAGCAAUGCAGAACUAUUGUCUACAAAACAUCGCUGUUAUGCUGCCCGUUAUGCUUCCAAAAUGAAAUGGGUAUCCCAAACUCUAGCAGUUAGCAUGUAACAAACUGUUUUACCUAUUUUUCGGUUUGUUUAACAGAAAAUACAUUCAGCCAAAAAAAGAUGUAAAUAAUUUAUUUCAUUUGUAGUUUCUUUUCUUCUUCUUCUUUUUUUUUUUUUUUUUAAAGAAACUAUUGAUGCUUUACUCCCUUUUGCUGUCAAUGACAACCUUGUUUACUGUUUAUCUUUUUGUGAAGGAUUCUCCUUGCUCUGACUUUGUAAAACUUUCUUAUCUUUUACUUAAAAAGAUUCUUCCUAUUAUAUUUUGUCAUAUGGACAAUAAACAAGUUUACACACUGUA